GUAACGGUGCUGCAGUGGAUAAGGACACGAAGGACAAAGAACAGACUCCCACAACAGGCACGCAUCCAGGAGCAGAAGGGGGUGGUCCAGUAGUACCACAGCCAACACCAUCCACAGCAACAGCAAUAGGAACAGCUGAGGAGGUGAAACCAUCAGUGGAACCCACAUCACCAUCAUCAGGCACAACAGCAUCAGAAGCAACCACAAAAGUGCAGCAGCCUGACACACCAGUAGCACCGCCCCCGGUGCCCAAACCGCCGGACGACGUGGAGACGACAUCAUCUGGUGGGGAAGGACAGGCAGUUGCGCAUGGUACUACCCCAGGCAGUGGAGGAGGUUCCUCUGGUCCCGGUUCCAAUGGCCACCAAACCCCUGGUUCGUCAGGACCAGGUUCCACGGGUACUAGUACUACGGGUGGAUCCUUAAGUUCAGGAGGUAGUACGAACGGUGAAAUACAACCUAGCCUCCCCCCUACCUCAAAAUCCUUCGACCCCAAGGAUCUUAUCCCGUACACCCCCGCGAUCAUUCCCGCGGUGGUUGGUAUUGGGGUUAUUGCGUUCUUCCUCUGGAAG